AUGUCCAGCAAAAUUGAGGACAUGCCACAGGUGGGAGAGAAAUGGGAAGUAGUGAGUGAAGAUCUUGCCUACAUACUUGAUGCUAUGAAGGAAGCUCGUGAGAGGAAAUUGAGGAACAAUUCUCCUGCCAUCCUUUGUCAAACGUUUACGGCAAUUUUCAGUUUCACCCUGGCGAAGCUCUGGGUCUUCUUGAACAGCUCAUGGACAAUCAUCAUUUUUUUCUUCUUUAAAAGGCCAUGGGCCAUCAUAUCCUCGCUUCCAUUCCUCAUACCCUCGAUACCCAAAGCAAUUAUGUCCUUUAUAGUUGCUCCUAUUGACCUCCUGUCAUCGAUUCCUGAAACGGUCCGACUACUUUACGGGCUCACACUUGGUCAAGCGAUGGCAAGCUCUGGUAGUAUCACAUUCGUAGCGUGGCUUCUUCUCGUGUUAGUCGCCCUUCGCAGCACUAGAUUUGGCCACGGGAUGGAAUCCCUUCAUGGUUUUCUCUUCUGGGCUCCCAUAUAUUCGACAGUCUUACUCCUUAUUAGCAAUAUUGGAACUUUAGGCGAACUUUUUGGUACUCUCUGCGAGUUUUUUACUUUCAGCCCAUGGUCCGCAGCUUUUAUAUUCCUUUCUGUCUUCAAGUUUUUGAAGGUGUUCGUACAUUUGUUUUCCUACACCUUCCUGUCUAGCUACAGACUCCCGCCGCUCUAUCCAACUGUUCUCUCCAGCCAUGUUACAGUAAUCAUACCAAGUAUUGGAAACUUUGGUGAGGACUUCAUCACAACGAUUCAUUCAAUCCUUGACAAUAAUCCAGCCAGAAUAAUCGUUUCAACAGUGGGAACGGAAAAGCUCAUACAAGCCUGCGGAGUAGUGGAAGGGAUCACGAGAGAACGAAGGCUCCCUGGACGAAAAAUCGAAGUUGUCGCCAACCGCCAACCCAACAAACGCGCCCAAUGCGUCCAAUCUUCCCUCAUGGUUAAAACUAAUCUCAUUGCCUACGCCGAUGACCACGUGAUCUGGCCUCGCACCUUCCUCCAAAGCACUCUCGCCGAGUUCGAAGACCCAAAGGUAGGAAUUGUCGGAACAUGUAAACGGGUAAUCCGCGAGCCUGGGAACAAUUGGUCGGAUUCUCUCCGCAAUUUCUUCGCUUGUAUUUACCUCGAACGCCACAAUUAUGAGAUGACUGCUACUUACAACCUCGACGGCGGCGCCUGGGUUAUCUCUGGAAGAACCCAAAUCAUCCGAACAGAUAUCGUACAAUCGAUUGAAUACAGGAAAGAAUUCCUCUCUGAGACUUUCCUAGGUGCUGGUCCGCUUAAUUGUGAUGAUGAUAAUUUCGUCACUAGAUAUAUGAUCAAGCAUGGAUGGAAAACAGUAUUCCACAACCGUCCCGAAGCACUCGUUCAAACAACCCUAGGCACCACAGGCGGCUGGCCCAAAUUCUAUCAACAGCUUCUCCGCUGGUCCCGCUCAAUCUGGCGCUCUCAUCUAAAAUCCCUCUUCAUCGAUGGAACAUGGAAAUUUUAUCCCUGGACUAGUUACAGUAUGUUUCUAUCCGGUUUACUCAAUAUCUCCAUCCUGUACGAUCCUCUCCUAUUCUUUACUCUUUCCAAAUCCGAUUUCCCUACCGAGAAUAAUCACGCUGGUGCGUACUUACUGUGGAUAUUAAUCUUAAGUCGUAUGAUCAAACCGUGGCCUUAUUAUAUGCGGAAUAAAAAAGAGAUGAUCUGGGCUGUGCCUGCGGAAUUGCUUUUUGGGUAUUUUCAUGGCGCGAUUAGGUUGCUAGGAUUACUUACUUGUAGGGAUAUUUCGUGGGGGGGAAGAGAUUUGACGGGUUUUGUGGCUUAG